CGCGUGUCGCACCGAAACCGACUGCGGUGAGCAUGGAGGCCGCCGAGCCGGCCGACGCCGACGACCUCGCCGACGACGUCGCUGACGACCAAAAGGCCCAGGCCUUGGCCUCGAGCCGUCACAACGAUAGUCUCGACCGUUCACCCACGCCGUCCAGCGCAUGCCGCGUGUCCUUGGCCCGCAUCCGACCGCUCACGGCGCACGAGCUCGCGACAACGUCGUCUCACAUCACUCCGCUCAAAGCGACAGACAUGCGCGGCCUCACGGCCGACGUGGAUCGCAAGCCCAACGAGGCCAUCAAGGUGUUUGUUCGAGUCCGGCCGGCAUCGUCGGCGCCGUCUCCAACGUUUAUCGGUAUUCAAACGCUGAGCGACACGACGCUGCGGAUCCCAAUCACGAGCCACGGUCCCAUGGAAUGCUCGUUCGAUCGCAUUUUCCAGCCGACGCUACGCAGUCGGACAUUUACGGUGCCGUGCAACAUCUCGUCGCGGAUGUCGUGCACGGCUUCAACGCUACCAUCUUUGCCUACGGGCAAACCGGCACGGGCAAGACGCACACGAUCUUGGGCAUGGACGAGGCAUCCUCGUCGUCGCUCUCGGGGCGCAGCGGGACGCCCGUCGACACGACGCGCCUCGAGCUUGAUGCAGCGUGGGGCAUCAUUCCGCGGGCGCUCUUUGAGCUCGUCCAGCAGUUUGGCAACAACGGCGUCAUGACCUGUGCGUACCUUCAGAUCUACAACGACAAGAUCUACGACUUGCUUGCGGACCGAAAGCGGCAGCGCCCGCUCGUGCUUCGCGAAGCCGAUGACGUGUCGAUCCAAGGCCUAUCGCUUGUCCCGAUCGCCACCAUGGACGACGUUUACGCCUUCUUGCGCAAAGGGAAGCUGCAUCGCGUGGUCCGCGAAACCGAGAUGAACGCCGCCAGCAGUCGCAGCCAUGCGAUUCUCCAAGUGCACUUGCGGUCUCGGAGCGGCCUGCGCCAAGGAAAACUCAACCUCGUGGACCUUGCGGGGUCGGAAAAAUGGAACAAGCUCGUCGUCAAGCCCGGCGUCGAGAUUGAGGAAAUGAAGAGCAUCAACAGCAGUCUCUCAGCGCUCGGCAAUUGCAUCGCUGCGCUGACGCAGGCCGGUCGCAAGCACAUUCCGUACCGCGACUCGACCUUGACGCGGCUCCUCAAGGACUCGCUGGGCGGCAACACGCGAACGGUGCUGAUUGCAACGAUCAACGGCCGGGCGUCGGACGAGACGGUUCGGACGAUCCAGUUUGCAGACCGGACGCGGGCUGUCAUGCAGUGCGUUGUCCUUAAUCCAACACCCACGGUGUCACCGCGCCAGCUCCAACUCGGGCUGGUGGCAGCGCGGGCGCACAUUGCCAAGCUCCGGCUCAAAGUCCUCGAACUCUCGAACGUCAAAGACAAGCAGAACGAAGAAGUGCAGUCGAAGCUCGCGCACUUUGAAGCGAACAUCCAGGCGAAAGAACGCGCGAUCGGGACGCUCUUGGCGCAAAACGAAGCGUAUGAAGCCAAGGUGCGCGAAUCGGAGCGUCAAAUUCAGCAGCUCCAACACAAGAUACAAGCGCUAACGACGCCCGAGAAGGUCGCGGCCAAGCCGUGCGAGUACGACUGGGAUCGACUCGAGCGUGGGCGCAGUCUCUCAAGCUUGGCACCGAUCCCAGAUCCACCUGCCCUUGCUCCUGAAAAGAGCAGCACCCUCUUCAAAUCACUCUACUCGAAACCUGGCGAGAAGGUGCCCGUCAAACUCCAACCCGUGAUGCCAUCGGUGCUGAGCACUAUCGACGCAACAAUACCAGUGUCAAAGAGUAUACUACCGACAGUGUGCACCGACCACCAGCUUCAAGGCUGCGUUCUCUGUUCACUGCGAAGCAAAGCGCCCGCUUCAAAUCAACUGAGCGCAAUGACAGAGACAACAAAAGGUCGGCCCUUUGCAGCAACCGCUGCGUCUCUGCCACGGAAACCUCCCGAGGCGUCGUCAUCGUCGGUGCUGGUAGCGUCGUCGGCGUCAUCCGGUGUGUGCGCGGCGCACCAACUCAGUCGAUGCAUAUUGUGCCAGAGCGCGCGGCCCAAGCUUGCCUUGCCCCCGACGAGUGCCAUGCCUACGACGUCGGUGACGGCGGCGACGUGUGCGCCGCAUCGUCUGACCAACUGCGUGCUCUGUUCGCAUGCCGCCCAGCCUCGCUUCGCUGCGUCUUCCAGCAGCAUCCCCGUCAUUGCUCGAAGUAGUGUGUCGUUCUCCGUCACCCCCAACCAUUCUAGUAGUGUCGCCCGAUAGUAACAUACAACUGUACAACGUUGAUGGUUGUUACCGCUUCCAA